AAUAGAAGAACGCGGAAUUAACGCACAGUCGCAUGUAAGCGUGGGCGGUUGAGGAAAUUAGAAAAGGGAACGCACAGUUGACACAAAUUUAGAAAUGAGAUUGAAAAAUGGCAUCGGCUGCUACUGCUGCUGCUGCACCUUCUCCUCCGCCACACGAUCGUCCCGUUCGUGUCUACGCCGAUGGCAUCUACGAUCUCUUCCACUUCGGCCAUGCUCGCUCCCUCGAACAGGCCAAGAAAUCAUUUCCAAACACGUACCUUCUGGUUGGAUGCUGCAGCGACGCAGUGACUCACAAGUACAAGGGCAAAACUGUCAUGACAGAGGAUGAACGUUAUGAAUCCCUCCGCCAUUGCAAAUGGGUGGAUGAAGUAAUUCCUGAUGCACCUUGGGUUAUCAAUCAAGAGUUUCUUGACAAGCACAACAUUGACUAUGUCGCUCACGAUUCACUUCCAUAUGCUGAUGCCAGUGGUGCUGCAAAUGAUGUUUAUGAAUUUGUGAAGGCCGUUGGGAAAUUUAAGGAAACACAACGGACUGAAGGGAUAUCAACAUCAGACGUGAUAAUGAGGAUUGUGAAAGAUUAUAAUCAAUAUGUGCUGAGGAAUUUGGAUCGUGGGUACUCACGAAAAGAGCUCGGUGUGAGCUAUGUGAAGGAAAAGCGACUGAGGGUUAAUAGGAGGCUGAAAACUUUGCAAGAUAAAGUAAAAGAACAACAAGAAAAGAUCCAAGUUGUUGCAAAGUAUGCCGGUAUGCAUCCGAAUGAGUGGGUGGAAAAUGCUGAUCGUUUGGUUGCUGGGUUUCUAGAAAUGUUCGAAGAAGGUUGCCAUAAGAUGGGGACUGCGAUUAGGGAUCGGAUUCAAGAGAGGUUAAGAGGUCAGCAGUCAAGUGAUGCGUCAUUACUUCAAAAUGGAAGGGAUGAUAAGGACAAUGAGGAUGAAGAGUAUUAUUAUGAUGAGGAUGACGAUAGUGAUGAGGAAUAUUUUGAUGAUGAGCUAAGCCCCCAGAAUAAGGGGAAAGAUGAGAACAAAAAGUAGGCAUACUUCUAUAGAGUUGUUGGGUUCUUGUCAGAAUGUGCAAAAAGCAACUUUUGAUGAUACUUCUGCAAAAUUUUAUGCUUAGCCUUGUAUGAGGGCUUCAGAGUUGCAAAAGGGACCUUCUAUUUUGCUAGUGUGGCAAAAUUUUCAGCAUUUGAGGUGCUGGUAUACAUGAAAAUGUCGUUUGUGUAUAUUCUUGAUUACAGAACCUUCCCUGAACUUUUGUUUCUAAUUAUAGUCAUGUAAUUGACUCAAGUUAGAUGGUGAAAAUUCCAUCAAUUCCUUUUCAUUUAUUGGUUAUUUUAAGGCUCAAAAUUUUCAUUCUCUUUUCACUUAUGCUUCCAUAGAAAUUUGCUUUCAUUUCAUCCUUACUGAUUUGAGAGAUAGGACCCUGAAGGGUGAUAUGUUAAUAUUUCCCACAUUCUGAGGUUAAAUCUUACCCCAGACAGGGGUAGGGUAACAAGAGGAAAAAAAUUCAUUGGAACUCUUGAAGCAUGGCUUCUUGCUAGCUCUCAGCCACUCACCUAACAACAGAGGAAUGCAAUGGUAAUGGAGACAAGGAUGACACCAGGGAUGAUGAUGAGAAACUAUUAGGUUGCAUGUGGUACCUGUUACAUUGCAGAUCUUCUCAUCUCAGAAAGAGAAGCUAUCUCCAACACAUUAUCUUAGAAGUGUAUCAAAUAAAACAGACUCUUAGCUUCAUGAGAAGCUGUGGUGUGUGUCCCCUUGGGAGCUUUGAGGUUGCUUCUUUGCUGAAUAAAUAUAUUUGUUCAUGCUCGGAAAUGCUCAAUUAACAUAACUUCAAAACAGUGUACGUGGCUGAUGCACUCAGAAUUUGCUUACAUGGAAGGCUUAAAUUUUGAACGUGGUUUGAUUCCUUAAUCUUUUAAUUAUUAGAUUGAUUUGAUUUUACUAUUUCCUUAUUUUAGGUGUGUUUGAUGCUGAUUUACUUGUAAUCAACUAUAUUUAAACUUUUUUUUGUAAAGAAUAUUUGAAUUAUGUUUUAGGGUUAUUUGACACCUUAUAAAAGGGUGUUUAGGACUCCAUUUGUAGGUUGUUGAAUUUUGAAUAUUAUUGUUAUUGAGAACUGAGGGUUUCUCCUUAUCAAUCCCUAGUUUGUUUGUUUAGCAUUUUUUCUAUGUAUUUCGACAUUAGUUGGUAUCAGGGCUUAGAUUGGUUUUUGCUAAUGGUUGAACAAAAUCGUGGUGGGCGUGGAUGGCAGGUUCACAGUGGCAGGGGAUAUGGAAUUGCCAUGGAGAUAAAAGAAAACAACCCUGUCUGAGAGAUCUAUGAGACAUUGAAAACAAAGAGCUACGACGACAAGUCGAGGAACUAGAAUGACAAUUUGAAAGAUUGCAAUUGUUCGUUCAAACGAAAGAUCAGAUGGAAUCUGGAGAUGCAUCUGAUGAUGAUGACAAGGUGGGAGACAACAAUCCCUUUGGCUCUUUGAGCCAAGAGCGGAAUCGAGAGAUUCGACGUGGAGCUAAGUCAUCUAAUUCCGAACAUCGGGAUACAAAUUGAGAUUCUAAAUCAGUCAUUUUGGUACUUUUCCACUGAUUGUCCAAAUCAAAGGGUUGUGACACUUAUUGAUAAUGAAGACCAUGACGACUGUCCAGUUUAUGACUUUAAUGGAGAACAAGAUUGUGAUGGCAAUCAAAUUUUUGAUGGAGGACAAGAUUGUGAUGGCAAUCCAAUUUAUGAUAACUCUAAUGGAGAACAACAUUGUGACAAUGAUCCAGUCUAUGAUAACUCUGAUGAUGAACAGAAUAAUGAAAAUCCAGAGUAAUAUGUUGAAUAUGAUGAUGAUUAUGAAGAUGGUGAGGCUCUGUCCCUACUUAAGGCCUUUGCCGAUGUGGUACCAAAAGAGAUAUCCCUUGAGUUAUUGACAUUUAACAUUGUAUUGAUUUCAUACUAGGAACAAUUGUCAUUCCCAAACAGGAAACAUAUAGAAUGAGUCCAAAGGAAUAUGAAGAGUUAUAGAGACAAAAAUAGGAGCAGAGAAAGCUUGAGUCCUUU